AUGGGCCUCACCCGCGGCCACAAGCGCCCCCGGACGACCACAGAAGAGCUCAACGAGCCCCCGCGCCGCCGCCUGCGCAGCCACGGCCCGGCGUACCGCCGCUACGUCAAUCAGCUCAACGCAUCGGACGCUGGUUUUAUGAAGACGCUGCCGCAGGGCGACGACUACACGGGGACAGUCAUCGACGUGGUGUCUUGUACCGUCAGCAUGGCGAGUGUGACAGCGUCCAACGAAGACGAUGCGUGGCAGGCCGAAGCGUCGUCAUGA